AAUAUCAGUGUCUUCCUAUUGGCAGUUGGCGAGUUUUCCUGCGUUGGGAUUGGUCCUGUGUCAUACGCCGCUAGGUUAAUGCUAUGCUUUUGAUGGAGAUAUCUGGAGACUGUAGCACCCCGUAUGUCAGAGUGACUCCUAAAUACCAUACUCGUCUGCAGGGUCCAGAGCCACAAGUGGGCAAAAGACGCUUAUCUCAGGCACGUCAUAGAGCCACUUUGGCCGGACUCUUCAACAACUUACGAGAAACUGUAUUUUCACAGCAAGAAAAUUCUGCCUCAAAGUCUCAGGUUUUAUGCAAGGCUAAGAAUUAUAUCCAGGAAUUGGAGCAAACUUUGGAAAAUCUGUUGAAGAUGAAAGAAGUUUUAAAUCUGGAGGACGGCAAUCCAUCUAGUUUGGAAGAUGUAAAAGAGGAAUAUGUCAAGAUGUAUUUCAACAAUCAUAGCAUUGUAUCCUCUUCAGAUGUUUUGAGUCAGAAUGGCACCACGGUCUGGUAUGUGAUUCAAGAACAUGAGAAAACCACUGUAGAAGAAGAUGCGAGUCGAAGGCUAACACAGUCACCCGCUACCUCUUCUCCUGAUCUCAUGGAGUUUGAACGAUACUUGUAUUUUUACAAACAGACAAUAGACUUGCUGGUAGAUAAUGCAGUUGUGACCCCAGAAGAAGUUAUGCUCCCCGUGGUCUCCACAGCUGUUUCCCACCUGUGGCAGGGACUCCCAGAAGACAGGAGGGACAGUGUUUUGCAGUACUGUAGUCAAAGGCAGAAUUUCAUCUCUGACAUCAAGACAGCUUCCCAAGAACCUGCCUGUACUGAUGAGAGCAGUGUGAGGGACAGUGGAACCAAUAGUCAGGAAGCCAGUGGUUCAGUAGCAUCCACACCAGAGGAGAUCCUCUUUGAAGAUGCUUUUGAUGUGGCAACUAGUUUCCUUGAUAGAAAUGAAACUCAAGAAAUGUCCAGUCAAAGCUCAGCAUUCACCGUCUGUGCUUCAGAUAGCCAAGAGGAUAACCAUCGUCUCUACUUGCAGAUCAUCAGCUUCUUGAAAAACCUGUUUUUUGCUAGCACACAACCAUCACAGGAAGAAAUUCUUCAGUUAGACUACGAGACUGUGAUGUUGAGAUGCACGGAGACAUUUGAUGAUGAUUUGUAAAUGAACAUGUU